UGCACGCGCCGCCUGCCACCGCGCGACUAGCACCAACCACGCCGCGGCGAACAACAUGUUGCGAGUUGCACGUUGCAGGGUGCAUUAAAACGUCUUACUACGACAAAAAAAAAAACUUUUUUUUAAGUCCUUUAAUCCCCGAGAUAAGUUAAGACAUUUUCGAUGUGAUAAUUUUCUGGUGAUGUGAGUUCGUGUUGUUUUCUAACGGAUUAUUACAAACAAAUACCGAACGCACAAACACCACCGGCGAAUAUCAGGCGGAAUGCGCGUGUGACGUGUGUGUGUCGCCAGCGGGCGUCGGCGCACCAUGUGGUACCCGCUAAUGGCGCUGUGCCUGCUCUGGCUGGCGGCCAUCUUGAGGCGAAAGAGGGCGCCGCUCUCCUGGCGGCACUGCUCUAUCCGAUUGAGCGGGGUGCGGGCGGGGUGCGCGGAGCGCGGCGCAGGCUCGGCCGGCAUGCCGGGCGGUGCACUGGCGCUGCACUACGCGGCGGCGCGCGGCUGCCUGGACUGCGUGCGCCUGUUGGCCACCACCACGCCGGACGUCAACGCCAACACGGCGAUGGACAACGACGUGACGCCGGUGUACCUGGCGGCGCAGGAGGGCCACCUGGCCGUGCUGCAGUACCUCGUGCUGGAGGCGGGCGGCCGCCUGGACGCGCGGGCCCGCGACGGCAUGCUGCCCGUGCACGCCGCCGCGCAGACCGGCUGCCUCGACUGCCUCCAGUGGAUGGUGAGCCUCGCCCGUCUUACUGCCUUGCCGCCGCACUUCUGCACUAGUGAGCCGCUGCUAUGUGCCAGCCUUACUCACAACGCAACUUGUUUUCUCGCUAGCAAAUGUGCAAUGGAAAGUUAUUGAACUAUAAUAGGACAUAUUUUCUCCUAAGCGCUGGUAGUAGACUUGCAUAACACAAGCCGCGCCGCACGAGCUGCGCACUGCGCGAGACUUGAUCAUCACCAAAUAUCAAGAUAAACUCCAUAUUAUGUAGUUGUUUUAUAUAUUCGACUAAUUAUACUAUUACGUGUAUAAACAUGAUGUACACGGAAGAAAUUUUGCAACCGGAAACUUGUCUUAAACAACUUUGCGGCAUUACCGUAUUUCAAGACGAGUUUCCGGUAAACUAUCUGAUUGUAGGUUUUAUCUAUUUAUGAUUUUUUUAAAUGUAAAAUGCAAUACGUAGUAAGUGAAAGUUUUUGCUAAUUUUAAUAAUGGCAUAAAUAUAUUGGAAUUAUUCCACAAAGAAUAACAGCUCUAAAAUCCGGAUGUUUGUAAUCUUUUAUGAAUACGGAAACUUGAGAGUUCACACGAUAGGCACACACACACACACGCACAGUGCUUAGAUGAUCGCAAUACAUAUUCGUAAAGCACAGAAGUAGUUUCUGUAAAGUCUUAGAAAGUGUAUAUAUUUAAUAUUGUUACACAAUCAACAUAGGUACAUAGAAGAAUUUCACUUUGUUUCGCGGUCGGUUGUACUUUUAUUAUCACACUAUGAAAGACUCAUAGCUUGAAUGAUUUCCCGUAAAGUUAAAACAUGUUCAGCAAAGGCGUGUGCCUUCCCAAGUAUCCGUUAUGUUAAUAAAAAAGAGUAUUAUGAAUUAUUUUUAAACCAAUUGAUUAAUUUACCGAUUCAUACUAAAAUGGCUACUUAAUUUAUAAUAAAGUUUAUAUUUGGUUGUUAUCUGCCAUUUAUUUGUGGUGGUGAUCUUGGAGUUAUUCAUACUGGCCGUAUUCUAUUAGCAUUUGCUGCUCAUUGGGUACAAAAAUGGCAUUUUGUAAUGGCGGCUAACAUAAAUUUAGCAGGAAUGUACCGAGUAGGCGGCAACUCGUAGAUACUGGAACAUUCAGCGUGUGAGAAGCACAAGUAAUGCGUGUGAAUGUCUACUCCACACUGAAUCGCUGUAGAAAUCAUAGCGGAGGCAGUUUCUGCUCGAACUCUAUUCGAGUGUUUUACACAAAAACCAGUGUUUCAAUAGAAUCCGUCCAUUAGAAACCGGCGCAUUGUAUUCUUUACGAGUUUUUGUUAUCGUCGGCCGGAACAACGAACGCGUUAUCGCUCACAAGAUGCCCGCCUGCCG